UAGUAAAUUUAUUGGUGAACCGCAGCCGAAUGAAUUGUGCUUACACGAAAAAUGAUUGCAUGAACGUAAACGAAAAAAUUAAUGAUCAGGAAUAUGAGUUGUAAAACAGAAAACUCUGAAACCGUCGAAUACAACGGCAAUAAAUUUACUAAGCGAUUAAAAUUAUUGGAAUCCCUAAUAUUUCAAAAAGGAAUAACUAAUGGAAUGCUAACUGCUAAAAGUUAUUUGCAAGAAAAGACCGAACUUCUUUCGAAUCUUGAUGGAAAAGCUGUUUCGAUUGAGACUCUACUGGACGCCCUCUUAGUACUGUAUGAUGAGUGCUGUAAUUCAUCACUGAGACGAGAAAAAACAUUGGCUGAUUUUAUAAAACUGGUGAAGCCGGUGGCUACAUUAAUUAAGCAACUCCGACUAUCUAGAGAUGAUUUUGAAACGAUCAAAAUUAUUGGUCGAGGCGCCUUUGGUGAAGUGUGUGUUGUCCGCAUGCUGGCAACACAGCAGAUAUUCGCUAUGAAAACUCUCAAUAAGUGGGAAAUGCUUAAGCGGGCGGAGACUGCGUGUUUUCGAGAAGAACGCGAUGUCUUAGUUUAUGGUGAUAGACAAUGGAUAACAAAUUUGCAUUAUGCAUUUCAGGAUGAUAGUAAUUUGUAUCUUGUUAUGGAUUAUUACUGUGGAGGUGACUUAUUGACUCUUUUAAGCAAAUUCGAAGAUCGUUUACCGGAGGAUAUGGCAAAGUUCUAUAUCGCAGAGACAAUUUUGGCGAUAGAUAGCAUACAUAAACUUCAAUAUGUACAUCGUGACAUAAAACCAGACAAUUUGGUGCUCGAUAUGAAGGGCCAUAUUCGGUUAGCAGAUUUCGGUUCUUGUUUACGUAUUGGGCCAGACGGUAUGGUUCAAUCAAAUGUCGCCGUUGGUACUCCGGAUUAUAUUUCACCUGAAAUACUCCGAGCAAUGGAAGACGGCCAAGGAAGAUAUGGGGCCGAAUGUGACUGGUGGUCUCUUGGUGUUUGUAUGUAUGAAAUGCUAUAUGGCGAAACACCAUUUUAUGCAGAAAGCCUUGUGGAAACAUAUGGAAAGAUUAUGAAUCAUCAAAAUUGUUUCGAUUUUCCACCGCAAGAUAGUCUUGACUAUAUUGUUUCGGAAGCAGCAAGAGAUUUAAUGCGUAAGCUUAUUUGUGCACCUGAGAAUCGAUUGGGUCAAAAUGGUACUGACGAUUUCAAAAAUCAUCCCUGGUUUGCUGGUUUAGAUUGGGAUAGCCUCAGAUAUAGUCAAGCUCCCUAUAUACCCGAGGUAUCAAGUCCAACCGACACUUCCAAUUUUGAUGUGGAUGAUACUGAUAUACAUUUAUCAGAUACAGUGCCACCGGCAGCAAAUCUUGCAUUUUCUGGUCUUCAUUUACCAUUUAUUGGAUUUACUUUUACGCAAUGCAGUUCUUUAUCAGAUUUAGGAAAAGUUGAAAAUACAUGUAGUAAUUUCAACAAUGAUAUAGACAGGACUAUGAAUCUUGAAAUUACUGAUGAGAAGUGUAAUCUCAUUGAAGAAAUAAAUACGUUGAAAAAUAAAAAUUAUGACCUUGAAAAUAAAUUGAAAAACUUCGAAAUUAUUGAGAAGGCUACUUCUGAUGAGUGUAAUAACGCCGCUUAUUUGUUGCGGUUGAAAGAGUUGGAACAAGAGUUGAGUGAUGUGAAGCGGGAGAAAAGUCACGCAACAAAGGAGUGUACAGAAGCCAUUGAACGAAUAAAAGGUCAAGAAGCUGAGUUAAAAGAUGCGAUUUGCCAACGGAAAUUAGCAAUGAUGGAAUACGCAGAGGUUACCGACAAAUUAUCCGAACUACGCUCUCAGAAACAAAAACUAUCACGCCAGGUUCGUGAUAAAGAGGAAGAACUCGAAGCAGUUAUGAAAAAAAUAGAUAGUCUAAGAAAUGAUCUUCGAAAAGCUGACAAAAAUCGGCGGGAGCUCGAACUACGAGUUGAAGAUGCAAUAACAGAUGCGGCUAAGGAAAAGAAACAAAGGGAACGUUCUGAGGAAUUUUGUCGCCAACUGCAGUCAGAAUUGCGCAGCAAAAGCAAUUCAGAUAUGAGCUCUGCAUUUUCAGCUAACGAACCGUCGCGUUACGAAAUUGAACGAAUCGAGGUCCAAUUUUCUGAAAAAUUAAAUCAGCAACAAACACGCUAUAACAUGGAAAUAUCUGAGCUGCGAGAACAGCUUGUAGAAUCCGAAAAGAAUCGUGAUUUCUUAAUAAUGGAACUACAAAAAACUCGCGAAAAAUGCGAUCUCAGUAGAUUGGAAUCUCAAAAUGAUACUGUAGACACUUUAAGCGAACAAAAGAAGAUUUAUGAACAAGAGAAAAGCAUGUGGUUGGAGGAAAGGAGGAGACUUUUGUCGGAAAUGGAAAAUCUAAAUCAAGCCGUAAGGCAACUACAAACAAAGCAAGUUGAAGAUCAAAGUAACAGCGAGGAAUUAAGGACAAAACGACAAGCAAUAAUGCAAUGGGAACGUCAGAUGUCGGAAAUAAUUCAGUGGGUAUCUGAUGAAAAGGAUGCUCGGAGCUACUUACAAGCUUUAGCAACAAAAAUGACUGAAGAGGUUGAAUAUCUUAAACACUCAGGGUCAUUUCAACAAACCUACGAUACGAAAAAUUGGCGAAAUAGACGUUCUCAAAAACUCGAUAAGAUGGAGUUAUUGAACUUGCAGAGCUCUCUUCAGGCUGAGAUUCAGGCAAAAGCGCUUAUUUCGGAAGAACUAAGUCGGACACGAGCUGAAUUAAUCGCAACUCAAAAGGACUUACGUGAGAGCCGUAACCGGUGUGACUCUGCACUGCACGAACUACAUCAUAAGGAAAAUGAGAUCCGAGAUAUACAAAAAACCUUAGAAACUUCUGAAGGAUUUCUGGAAAGACCGUCGUCGCAGUCGUCUUGUAACUAUUUCUUUAAGGAAUCAACCGGAAAUAUUGAAAUAACGGAUAUCGAUGCUGAUAGUACUAUCUCCAGGGACGUUAUGGGUAGUUCAUUUAAUAACAAUUUGUCGCUUGGAAACUUGAAGCAAAACCCGAAUUCAUCUGCUACUUCAAGUAGUUCAUAUGCGAUACGGUAUCCUCAAAACUCAAAACUUGAUUCCCUCUAUCCAUAUUAUAUGGUAGAGAAGAAACAUUAUCUAUCAACAGAUUACAAAAACGAACAGGAUAAUAAUGACUUAGAUGAAAUGCACGGCCAUCAUAGUAAGUCAAGCUCAAAAAGUAGCCUUAGUGUUAAACCUAUAGAUUUGCAUUCUGCGAAUGUACCAACUACAAAAGUGCACCAGUUUUUGGUUAGGACUUUCAGUAGUCCAACCAAGUGCAACCACUGUACUUCACUGAUGGUUGGACUCACUAGGCAGGGCGUUGUAUGUGAGUUUUGUGGCUUUGCCUGUCACACAAUUUGUUGUCAGAAAGUUCCUACCAUAUGUCCAGUGCCAAUUGAUCAAACUAAGCGGCCCUUAGGCAUUGAUCCGACCAGAGGGAUUGGCACAGCGUAUGAGGGAUAUGUAAAAGUGCCAAAGAUGGGCACCAUUAAACGAGGUUGGGUACGUCAAUUUGUGGUGGUGUGUGAUUUCAAAUUGUUUUUAUACGAUAUAUCGGCGGAAAGAAGUGCAUUACCAAGCGUGAACGUUUCACAAGUUUUGGACAUGAGAGAUCCGGAAUUUGCUGUCGCCAGUGUUCGGGAGAGUGACGUUAUACAUGCUACGAAAAAAGAUGUGCCAUGUAUAUUUAGGAUUAAAACAUCUUUGAUUGAAGGAGGACCAACUUGUAAUACGCUAAUGUUAGCGGAUAAUGAAACCGAGAAACGAAAGUGGGUAGUUGCAUUGGGUGAAUUGCAUCGCAUACUAAAACGGAAUAAUCUCCCCAAUACGGCUAUAUUUAAAGUCCAUGAAAUUCUCGAUAGUUCUCUUACAAUUGUACGGAGCGCUCUAAGUUCCGUUAUAGUUUAUUCUGAUCAGUUUUUAUUGGGCACAGAGGAUGGCUUAUAUUGUGUUAACCUGGAACAAUAUGAAAUAGUUCGCAUUGGCGAGAGCAAGAAAAUUAUUCAAAUGUGGUAUGUUGAGGAAGAGCACAUUCUAGUCAUUUUGUGCGGCAAACAAAGGCAUAUCCGUUUACUUCCAAUAAGAGCUUUAGAAGUAAGCGACGUGGAAUGGAUUAAGGUUGCUGAUUCAAAAAAUUGUAUUGCGGCUUGUACGGGUGUAAUUCGCCGCUCCCCUGCCAAUGUUUAUGCGUUUGUUGUAGCAUUAAAACGCCCAACUAAUCAAACACAAAUAGUGGUAUAUGAAAUAAAUCGAAAUCAUUUACGUCAUCAAAAAAUGUGUGAAUUCACCGUGGCGUAUCCGGUGCAGAGUCUUCAAAUUUUGUCAGACAUUCGGCUUGUCAUUGGACAUCAAAGUGGGUUCACCGCAUACUAUUUGCAAGGCGAAGCAACGACUACUUCUCUAAUACAUCCGGAAAAUCAACUGUGUGCCUUUUUAAAUUAUUCGGGCGUUGAUGCUGUUCGUGUUAUUGAAAUACAGUGUCCCGGAGGAAUUUUCGGGGAAUAUUUAUUAGUUUUUCAAACUUUAGCUAUUUAUGUGGAUCUACAAGGGAGAAAAUCGCGUGAUCGGGAAAUAACCUAUCCGGCUAACCCAACUCAUAUAACAUAUUUGGACGGACAUUUAUUGGUUUUUUCGGAAACGCAUGUGGAUAUCUUCAAUACACAAACCGCGGAGUGGGUACAAUCGAUAGGACUUAAGCGAGCACAACCAUUAGGACCACAAGCUAAUUUUGUUUUGACAUAUGUUAACGAUGCGCCGAUAGCAGUGUAUUUAGCUAAUAUACACACAAAAGAACUAAUUCAUAUGAGUUCUGCUGAAAAAUCUGGGUCGAAAAAUCCCCGACGACGAUUUUCUGUUCGUGAAGUAAAUAAAUCAUUCAAAAGCACCAGCGACAGAAGAUCUAAAAUGAUUUCAGCUCCAACAAAUUUCAAUCAUAUUUCGCAUAUGGGACCAGGUGAUGGAAUCCAGAACCAACGACUUUUGGAUCUACCCACCACAAUAGAAACAGCAGAUCAGAUAAGCAAUCAAUCCUUCAUUAUACGUCAAUCUUCUUUUACACCACAUGCUUCAGCACGCCAAAUUAUAAAUUCGCAAAAUGGAAACCCGCAGAAAACUCAUUUGAUUGAUCAACAAUCAGAGACGCUUCAGACCCAAGCCCGUUCUCCAAGCCCUGUUUCCAAUAUGAGUUCGCCAAAAGAUUCAUCGGACGUUCAGUCUUAUUUGCCGUUUUAAGGUUUUGCAAUGUAUUAUUUUUUAUACUUAUUUAUUUUUUAUGUUUCACUAGUAUUAGUUGUAUUAAUAUUAUUUUUUAAUAAAUAUACUCAUACGUAUUCGUAUA